GGCUGUCGGUGUUUGAGGGCAUGUGCUCAGUGGGCGGGGAGGGGAAUUGCCUCCUGUGAAGGUUUCUGGGGGUUUUUACCUCAAGAACGAAGCACGGUGAGAGGAGACGAGAGAGGAAGGUGCUUUCAAACCGAGGAUACUCAAAUUCAUAUUGUUUUGAAGGAAAGAAGCUAUGUUUUCAGCAUUCAAAUAUUGUGCAAUAGACUACUUACAGGAGAAUGUAGUCAGAGAAAGAUUUUACAGAGAUGCUUUAUUGCUUCACAUUCCUUCAUGUUUAUAUGAAGAUAAAAAUGCUAUCAAUGAUGAUGAUGACUAUAGGAGGCCAUGGAUAAGGGCUAUAUCAGGUCCGGAAACGACAGAUAGCUCAGUCUUGGAUCUAUGGAAAUCAAGUUUCUGGAUAGAGGAUUUCCCUGAGACGAAGAAAAUUAUAAGAGUGAUGAUUAAUGGUAAAUUUGAGGAAAUUGUUCCAAGUUCAAAUCCAGACUCUCCAACUGAAAUAGAGGGAGAUGAUUUGUUUCCCCAUAUGGACUACAGUGACUUAUUUACCUCUACAAAAUAUUCAGCAGAAGAUCCACGCACUAACAUGGAGCAACAGGCAUCAGUUGUGGUGCGAUGCUGCCCUCAAGUGGCUUCAUCAAAAAUGGCAGUGAAUCCCCAGGAUGUGGGGUUCAGACUAAAGCUAUAUUUGUUAAAGGCUCCCCUUUUAGAUUUCAAAGAACAGAUGUCCAAAAAAGAUAAUUUCACGGAAGAGUUAUCUUUUCAAAAGGAUUUUGAAUCUUUUGAGAAAAGUCUUCAUAUGACUGAAGAAAACUUUUUUCAGGAAAAAAUACCAUCAGUUUUUCCUUAUGGGUCUGACUUCUUAGUAUCUACAAACCCUGAACAAGAAAUUACUAUUAUAUCAUCCUCAGAGUUGAAGGAGUCAUUAAAUCCAAUGCCAGAAGUAAUAAAUUAUAUAGUUGAAAAUGAAAAAGUUUUUAAAAGAGAUCUUACUACCAAGCAUGGAAUUGAUACUGAGGAUACAAAAUACAGCUCCACACUAAUUUUGACUGCUGAAAGCCAGAGUAAACCAGAAGACAGAGAGCCAGGAGAAUUAGAAAUGCCACUAACUCAUCUAAGCUUACCAAGGUCACAUUGUUCAGUGAAUUCAUUGUACACAGGACUUCAGACAUUUCCAUCUUCUGCUGUGUGUAAAAUUAGUUUGCUUUCUGCUGGACAAUCAGCUACUAAAUAUUGUAUGUUGUGGCGACUGGGAAGCUGUAGAAACUCUUGGGUCUCAUUUUCACUUACAGUGCCAUGGUUGCAAGAGCCCAGCAGUCAGUAUUCACUUACAGAUAUGAGGACUAUCUUUUCCAUCAAAAGAAACAGCACUGUGAUUAAUCCUAUAAAAGCAAAGUGGUGGAAACAAACAAGACUAAGCCCAAUAAUGUUAGAAGCAUUGGAGCAUCUGAAGGCGUAUUUGUGUCAUAAUGGUCUGUUUCCUAAUGAGACUAAACUAGAGAUAUUUUUGCCCACAAAAGUGAUUCAGUUAGCAUCAUGGCUAGAGAAUAAAAGUUGUUCCUUGCCUAUUACACCUGUUAAAGAGAACUUAACAAAUGGUAACCUAUCACCUCUGCAGAGGAAUCCAUCUUCAGCAAAAGAAGUACCAGAUUUGUGUUUGUCUGGUGAAUGUAUCUCUGUUAAAAAUCCAAAUGAAGAAGAAAAUCCAAAGAAUGAUCAAGAACUAGUGGAUGGAAUAAUGCAAAAUACAGAAAAUCACACUGAACUUGAUAACACAGUACCAUCUGUUGUAUCAUCUUCCUUUUCAAGUAUUGAAAAGGCAUAUUUUGAACGCAGUAAAAAACAAAAUGAUUUGGACCUUUUGAGUGAGUUUAUUAUGCUGAGAAAUAAAUAUAAGACUUGCACAUCAAAGACUGAACUCACAGACGAUAACCAAAACAAUGAAUUUCAAGAUAAAGAAAAAUGCUCUGUAACUCAUCAAGAAGAAAGUCCUAUUAUUUCUAAUAACAAAACUCCAGAGAAAAUAAAUCAAGAAAGGAGAACAGAUGACAUCAUUGAAAUUCAAGCAUCUGAUACCCAGUGCCAAGCAUACUGUCUCCUAGAAGCAGCAGCUACUCCUAUCUUAAAAAAACUUGUAUGCCUUUGUACUUACCCCACUGCUAAUUGGAGAUAUGCCACUGUUCUUUUUGACCAAACAAGGUUCUUCUUAAAGGAACAAGAAAAAAUGAUUAGUGAUGCUAUCCACCAAGGUAAAAAUGAUGACAGAGAAAUGACAUUUAAGUAUGCUGCUCUCUUACAUCUUCUGGUAACAAUUAGAGAUGUCCUUUUAACAUGCAGCUUGGAUACAGCAUUGGGGUAUUUAUCAAAUGCAAAAGAUGUCUACAAAAGCAUGUUAGGCUCAUAUUUGGAUAACAUUUGGAGACAGCUGAAAAUUUUACAGUUUAUUAAGGAGAAAAGGCAUGAAACAAACUACAAGAUACAAGAAUUGCAAUGUCAGAUACUAAGCUGGAUGCAAAGUCAACAGCAAAUUAAGGUACUAAUUAUAAUAAGAAUGGAGUCAGAUGGAGAAAAACAUUUGCUCAUUAAAAUCCUUAAGAAAAUCGAAGGUUUGACAUUAACUGUUUUUCAUUCAAAUGAAAGAAAAGAUUUUCUGGAACCUAAAGAUGUUUUAAAACACCUUUUAAAAGGUACAAGUUCCUGUGUGAUUGUACAUAAUCAGAAUAUUGGAGCAGAUUUCCCCUGGAGCAAUUUCUCAUUUGUGGUGGAAUACAAUUAUGUAGGACACUCUUGCUGGUCUAAGCACUGUGAACAGUUGAAUAUGCCUUUCCUAGCGUUUAAAGUAAUUGUUCCAGACAUGGUUUUUAAAUCAAACAUCUUGCCGGACAGAUUUGGUGGGUUUCUCUUGGAAAUUCAGGUUCCAUAUGUGUUUUUUGCAUCUGAAGGACUUCUUAAUACUCCAGAAAUACUUCAGCUGCUGGAAUCUAACUAUAACAUCACACUAAUAGAGAGAUGCUGCAGUGAAUCACUGAAACUCUUUGGAAGUACAGAGCAUUACGUAGUGGUGACAAUUGAUGAGCACACUGCUGUAAUUUUGCAGGACCUAGAAGAACUACAGCAAGACAAGGCGUCAGACAAUAUCAUUAUGAGACUGAUGGCACUGUCAUUCCAAUACAGCUAUUGCUGGAUAAUACUGUAUUCCAAGAAAACAUUAAAUUCAGAGUACCAUCUUACAGAAAAGAUACUCCAUCACCUUGCACUGAUUUAUUCAGCUUUGGUUUCUUCUGGCCUUAAAUCUGAAGAACUGGAUGUAAAGCUUAUAAUUGCCAAAGGAGUAGAAGAGACUGCAUUGAUAAUUCGACAAAUUGCUGACCACAAUUUAAUGACCUCAAAGAGGGAUCCUCAUGAAUGUUUGGAUAAAUCCUGGCUUGAAGUUUCACAAUCUAAGGAAGAAAUGUACUUACUUGACUUUCCAUGUGUUAACCCUCUGGUGGCUCAACUUAUGUUAAACAAAGGACCUUCACUGCACUGGCUGUUAUUAGCAACUCCUUGUGAACUUCAGGAACUCCUACCUGAAGUUCCAGAAAAAAUACUAAAGCAUUUUUAUAGCAUCACUUCCUUAUUCAAGAUUAGUUCUUCCUCCAUAACAAAGUCACCUCAAAUUUCAUCACUUCAGGAAAAUAAGAAUCAAAGUAGUCCCUUUAUUUCUCAGAGUUCAGCUUCUGGCUCUUCAGGCUCUAUCAUUACUCCAGAAUGUGAUGAAUAUUAUUCAUACAGAGACUUGGGAGAAACAAUGCAGGAAGACCCAAGUAUCACUUCAAAAUACAACUCUUCUCUUAUGGAACUAAGAGAGAUGCCAUGCAUGUUACCAUCUGUAACAUCUUACAGUCGUCAGACCAGCUAUUGGAAAGACUCGCAUUUCAGCCCUAACACAGUGCAAAAUAAGCCUUUUCUAAUUAAUACAGAAUCAAAGAAAGAGAUGUUGAACUCAUUUCUAAAACAGAAUGAUUCAGAUUCAGAUGUCUUUUCUUUGGGUCUACCACAAAUAAAUUAUGAAACUGAAAUGACACCAAUUGAUAUUCAAAGGAGAGUUACUUCUGAUUUUAUAAAUUAUCCUAAAGCAAAAGAAACUAGAGAUAAAGAUUUAUCCACCCCGAUCUUUUCACUAGAGGACUCCCAAUCCCCCCUUCAUUGGGACUUUAACACAAACAUUUGUAAAAAACAGAAUUAUUCAUUUAAUUCAAGUUACAGAGCAGAACAAACUACCUACAACAAAUGGUACUCUCAGAAGGAUAACUUACUCAGCUAUCAGCCGCAGUGUCUGCCAGAUGAGUUAGAAGACUCCAUAUACGAAAACUCAAAUGCUGGGAGUAAGAAGACUUUCUGGAGAGAAUUACCAUCUGCUCCAAGUUUGGAUUCGUCUUCUGCUUCUGAUUCUAAUGUCAAUAAAAAAGAAUUCAACAACCUUUAUUUCUACCAAAGAGCUGAUACGUAUUUAGGACAGAGAAGGCUCCCUGAGUCUUCAUCUACCUGGGGAGACUACAAAACAUCAACAGGUUUAAUGUAUUCAGGACUACCACAACCCAAAAAACGACGUCUAACAUAUGAAAAAGUCCCUGGGAGAGUGGAUGGACAAACUCGGCUGAGGUUUUAUUGAAGGUGGGAAAGGACAGUGUCACAUGCCAUAUUCCACUUCUUUAUGAUAAUCCAGUAACAAGAUUAU